AUGGUUGGUAGGGGAAACCAUUCUAAUCCUUCUUCAGGCGUGGAUGAGCGGCAGAUUUCUCAAGCUAUGAAGCUGAUUAUUGCUGCUAUUGGACAAAAAAAUACUUUGUUGGCUCAGAUGGAGACCAACCGGGCUGUUGCUGAAGCAACUAGGGCUGAUGUACCUGACGAGUACAGGGGUUUGUUAGAGUUUAGAAAAGGGAAUCCUCCUCAAUUUACAGGUGUGGACGGACUUGAAGUUGCUGACCAUUGGAUUGAGGAAAUGGAGAAAAUCUUCAUGGUGAUGCAUUGUCUUAAGGAGAGGAAGCUAGUUUAUGUUGUUUAUAUGUUGGUGGGUGAGGCUAGUUUCUGGUGGAAAGGCGUUCAAGCUAUGAUGAAAGCUAGAGGGGAAGUGGUGAAUUGGGAGAACUUCAAAAAGGUGUUUCUAGAGAAAUAUUUUCCAGAUAGCGCCAGAUAUGCUAAGGAAGCUGAGUCCUUGAGACUGCAGCAAAGAAAUAUGUCAAUACAAGAGUAUGUGGUCAAGUUUGAACACUUGGCUAGAUAUUAUUCUCAAGCUAUAACUGAAGCCCUGAGAUGUAGGAAGUUUAGUGAGGGUUUAAGGUAUGAGCUGAAGAAGACUAUUGUUCCUAUGGGAAUUAUGGAGUUCCUAAUUCUAGUUGAAAAGGCAAAAACUGUGGAAAGAUUUGAAGGAAGAACUAGAGCGACAAAGGGUUUAGAGGGAUCAUCUGGAUUUAGAAGGGGGAAACAUCCACAAAAGAGACCAUCUCCGUUUCAGAAGGGGAAUACUAAUAAGAAGCCAAUGGGGACUGCUACUACAGCAGCUAUUCAGAGUUUCAGAUCUUACAGAUGCAGAGGCCCACAUAUGAUGAGGGAUUUUCCAAUAAAUAAUUAUGUAUGUUUUAAAUGUGGCAAGGUGGGUCACAUGGCUAAGGAUUGCAAUGUAAGAAAUACUCCAGUUAGAGGGAACAGAAGGAGAGAUUUAUUUCUAGUGGACAGGUGGAUGAGAUUUUCUAGAGUUUUUCUGGAUGAUGUUCCGGGGUUACCACCAAAGCGAGAGUUGGGGUUUAGUAUUGAUCUAAUACCAGGGGCAGGAUCAGUGUUCAUUUCUCCUUAUAGAAUGGCACCAGCAGAGUUGUCUGAAUUGAAGAAGCAGGUUGAGGAACUUUUGGAAAAGUAG